AAACGUGUUUUGUGCAUUAUCUAAAUUAUUAGAGCGUUUACUAUUUAUUUGUCCACAUGUUAUAAUAUCAUUGUCGGGGUAUUAAAGAUAACACGUGACCAGUGAUGAUACGUUUGUUUGUGGAAGAGCCGUACAGUAUUUCAUUAGAUAUCUGAUCCACUCUAACAAUAUUUGGGGAUAGGGGUCUUUGUUUCUUGCUCUUACCGCACUCGCUCCCUGAAAACCUCUGUCUUUCAAAUUUAAUUCACUGACAUAUCACACGUGAGGAAUUAUAUGGAAAAUGGUGGUUUUAAUAGAAGUCUUGUGUAUUCAUUAGAGUUAACAGGUAGCAAAGGUUUUGCAGCACUAGCCUAUGGCGGAACUGUGGUCAGCUAUCUCUGCUGCUUUGCCUGUGACGGAGGCAGAAUUUCCACUUGACUUCAGUGAAAAAGUUGAGCCCAGUGUGGUGGAUGUGCUGAAACGUUGCAGGCAGCAGCUGUACACCAGGAGCAGUCGAUGGAGGCAAAACGCUCAGAUCAUCUUGGACUUUUCCUGGGAGAAGCUCAACACAGGAACAUGGCGUGAUGUGGACAAGGAGUGGAGGUGUUUGUAUUCAUAUGGCUGCCUGUUCAAAGUAGCUGCCCUAUGCCGUGAUGAUGCCUCAUCAGCUACAGUGCAGGAGGCCAUACGGACAUGUGACUUGGGCCUGCUCAUGGGGGCAGCCAUCAUGGACAAUAUUUUACAAACCUUUGUAAGGAUCCUGCAAAAUGAUAUCGGGAAGAGGCACUCCAAUGAGGAGAAUCGUAGUGAAGGAGUUAGUGCCAAGAAAAUGAAGGUUGACUGUGUGUCAGUUCCCGUUGUCAAGCAGGCUCUGGCAGUGCCAAGGAUACACUGUCCAUCAUUGGAGAGUUUCAAGAAAGAUUACUUGGAUCCCCAAAAGCCAGUCAUAUUAGAGGGUAUCAUAGAUCACUGGCCAGCCUUCAAAAAUCACCCUUGGAGCAUAGAAUACCUGCAAACUGUUGCUGGUUGUCGGACUGUACCUGUUGAAGUGGGCUCAAGAUAUACUGAUGAGGAAUGGUCACAGACGCUCCUUACGGUCAAUGAAUUCAUCGAUCGCUAUAUUGUUGUGAAAGAAGCAUCAAGUUUGGGAUAUCUUGCUCAGCACCAGCUAUUUGAUCAGGUCCCCGAGCUUAAAGACGACAUCCGUAUCCCUGACUACUGUUGUCUUGGUGAGGGAGAUGAAGAUGACAUCACAAUAAACGCUUGGUUUGGGCCAGGAGGUACAGUGUCCCCCCUUCAUCAAGAUCCUCAACAGAACUUCCUGGCUCAGGUGGUUGGGAGAAAGUACAUUCGUCUGUAUUCCCCUGAGGACACCGAGAAACUCUACCCUCACCAAUUGCAGCUCCUACACAACACUAGUCAGGUGGAGGUGGAAAGUCCAGACGUGGUGCGAUUCCCAGAGUUUGUGAAGGCUCCCUACCUAGAGUGUGUGUUGCAGCCUGGGGAGGUCUUGUUCAUCCCAGUCAAGCACUGGCAUUACGUGCGUUCUUUGGAGCUCAGCUUUUCUGUGAGCUUCUGGUGGUCAUGACCCACGAUGAGGGAUCCAGAUUCAGGUUGUUUUUGGUCAGAAUUUUGGUUAUUGCAGUGGUCUUGUAAAAUGCAAGUCCUGUGCUCACAUAUGUUGUAACUUAGGUCUGAAUGUUAUUUUCUUCUUAAACAAUCAUUAACAUGUC